CCAAAAUUCAUGAGCAAAGAAAUGAAGAGUGUGUCUGAACGCUGUCGCAUCAUAGAGCUCAUGGCUCUAGGACCAUGUGGCACAAGAUUGGUUGUGCUCGGUAGCUGAAUGAGCGAGCGCUGGAAGCUGAGACGAUGUGCUGGGAGAUAGCACGCAAGGUAAUGCAGUGCAGAAGAAGGGCGCGGCGGAAGAAGGCCUGUUUUGAUUCGAGGGGAGGGAGGGAAUGAGUCAAGCUAGCGUGAGGCAGGCAAGAAGUGCGCGAUGGGUGGAGAAGGAGACGUGAGCUCCUUGUUUGCUGGAGUUGUCGCUGUCUUUUUGGAGCAGGGUGUGCAUCAUCGUCGUCUUCAGAUAUGGAAAGAUAAACUUCAACAAAGGGGAGGAGUGCUUCGGCAUCAUAUUAACCGCUCAGUCACUCACAUUUUUGCUGAGAACGUCAAGUUUCUGUCGGAUCGCAUUGGAUUUGAUCGUUUGAGAAAAUUUCGAUCGGGAAUGAAGCAAUGUUUAUGCAGGUGGCUUUCAAAUACGAGUGGCUCGAGGAUUGUUUGAAAGAAGGAACUAGAUUACCAGUUGAGAAAUAUUCUCUUCUGAAUGCACCAACCAGUGCACCUGCUUCUUCGGAUGAAUCGACUCAUAGUCCAGUCAUCUCUGAGGAUGAGUUUCAUCAUGGUCUGCUGUCAGUGGUGAAAGUCAAACGAAGUCACGAAACAGACAGGAGUAAUGAGGACUCUGAUUCGGAAGAAGAUUCGCAUAAGCGAAAGAAGGAGGAGGUUUGGAUGGAUGUCAUUCAUAGAAGCGGUAAGCUUGGAGUUGUGGGAAAAAGUGGCAUGACCAGCCAGAGAGAUGAAGGAAAAGAUAUGGAAAUCCAAACUCAGUCCCCCCAGUCAUAUACUCCGCCCAAUCUAAACAAGAACAUAACAGCGAUAUUUGACGAGCUAAAGAAUAUAUUUGGGGAUGCUUUGGGAGAUGAUCGGAGGUCGUUUAGUUACUAUAAAGCUAACUCGGUGCUGGAGAAGCUUCCCUUCAAAAUCACUAGCGUAGAAGAGGUGAAAGGUUUACCAGCUAUUGGGAAGUCAAUGCAAGACCAAAUUGCUGAGAUCUUAAAGACAGGAAAAUCAUCAAGAUUAGAACAUUUCAAAGAAGAUGAAAAGGUACGUGUCGUCAGUCUCUUUGGUGCUGUUUGGGGUAUUGGCCCUUCAACCGCCCAAAAGUUAUAUGAAAAGGGCCAUAAGACGUUGGAAGAUCUUCAAAACGAGGAAUCCCUUACCUCCGCUCAGAAAUAUGGAUUGAGGUUUCAUACUGACAUAAAUAAGAAGAUACCGAGGCAUGAGGUGCAGGAAAUGGAACUUUUGGUCAAGAAUUGUGCCGAAAGCAUUACUCCUGGUAUUUCUGUUUUAUGUGGAGGAUCUUAUCGACGAGGAAAAGCACUUGUUGGAGACAUGGACUUCGUAGUGACACAUCCUGAUGGCAAAAGUCAUGCCGGAUUCCUUCGCAAACUUGUUUAUAAGCUGAAACAGCUGGACUUUCUGACCGAAGAUUUGACUGUUGGAAUGGAUCAUCCACUUGAGGAAAGGGGCGUCGAUACUUAUUUUGGUCUCUGCAAGUAUCCUGGACGUGAGCAACGACACCGCAUUGAUCUCAAGGUUUAUCCCCACGAGAAGUAUGCCUUUGGACUUAUUGCUUGGACAGGGAAUGAUGUUCUUAAUAGGAGGUUAAGGCUGCUGGCUGAGGCAAAAGGAUACAGGCUAGAUGAUCACGGACUUUUUCCUGUGACGCGAGAUGCCCAAGGCCAAAGGGUAUCGGAGAGGAGCUCGGGUGUCCUUUGUUCAACAGAAAGAGAGGUUUUUGAUAAGCUUGAGUUUCCAUGGCUUGAGCCAAAUGAAAGAAAUUUGUAAAAUAGGAGAUAAGUGUAAUUCCCUACUUUAUCUGACUGUCUAAUCAUUGACGACGACAUGAAGCUCAGAAUAAAGAUACAAGAAAUAUGCUCUUAAACUUAUAAGUUGAAAGAGAAUUACACCUAGUUUGUGUAGUAUCAGAGCUCACAAGCCUUGGUACCAUUCGUAAUCGUUGUGAUUUGUAUAUUGCGUACUUUUGCAUAUAUGUCUAAAGAUUUGUUGAAUGUCAGCAGUUCUUCAGUUCUCGAAAAUAUGAGUUCGGCUUAUUUUGAGGAUUUAGAGACUGGUUAACCUCUGAGGCUUGUCUCAACUGUAGCCGGAGGUACUCUGCAAUUCGCACAACAGCUGCAAUCUGUUCUGAAGACUCUGGAUUUGUCUUAGAUGUUUAGGGUCACGGACAUCCCAUAAGAAUCUCCUCUCUUCAUGGGUUGCAAAGCUGUAAAUUUUAA